AUGUCAAAAUCUUUGUAUAGCUUGAAGGCUGCUUUCGACGAUCUCGACAAAUUUAUUGGUUCAAAGUUGGCCGAAAGUGAAAGAAAAAGGCGUGGAAGACCACCUAAACGAGGGAACUCCACCAUCGUUAAAGAGAUGCAAAAGGAGCGUGAAGAUUUUGCAAACAAGGCAUUCUUUGCUCACCGAGAUAUGAUUCCUAAAUUCUUUCGCAUCACCGCUAACGAGUUUUUCGGAGAUACGCGGCGCUUCCUGAACUUGAUCAACGAGAUUAAUGAUGGCAUGACCAAGAAUCCAAAAACAUUGAAGGUAUCGCGUAUGUCUUAUAACCAAAAUAAGUUACACUAUCCCGAUGGUCAAGAUUGUUUUUUUGUGGAUUUCAACAAAAACACUAUUUCCACGACAAUCAAGUCUGCAGAGGGAGAUGAAGCUGUGGAGAACGAGGUGAUUGAUAUCAAAUACUCCAAGAUAUCAUAUUGGGAAAUCCAAAUGAAUGCGAGAGAGAAGGUCCUGAAAAUAUGUGUCUCGGAAUCUCUAAGACUUGGAAGGGAAAGCCCCCCCGGGAUGAAGUUUCUUAGCAUGAUGUUCGAGCCUCAUGAAGAUCACGUUAUCGAAAGCAUUAGAAUGAUUCUUGCUAACCGAAGAGUGAAACAGCAACCAAGAGAUAGUUUUCCCUCGGCAUAUAAAAAUCCCAUUACCGGUGAUCCUUCAAAGUUUGCGAAAGCUUCUGGGGUUCGUGCGAGCAAGCAGGACAAUGGGCAAAUCGACAUAAUAGAUUUGGAUAAAGAGAUUACACCUGUUUCUACAAGGAAUAAAUUCGUGUCAUCGAAAAGGCGCAAUGCCGGCAAUUCUCCCGAAAGAAUACGAGAUUACGGGCACAAUAAAACCGGACCGGCGUCCAUAUUGUUAAACGGUGAUUCCGACGAGACGGUUGUAAAUCACGAGUCGAUAACUCAAAUUAAUUACGACACCAAUCGUCGACACACCCAUCCUCCGCAAAAGCAGCGAACGGAACCCUUGAAUCUUUCCGCCUCAAGGAUCAAUGAUAACCCCGACAAUGUCUUCGUCGAGAAAAGGGGUUUGUUUAGUGUAACAUCAAAGAGCUUGACAUUAGAAAAAAGCAACACUAAUUUAAGUAUGCAAUUUCUGACUGAAAAUAAAGAAUUUAGAGGUACGACCACAAACAAUAUGCAGAAAGGACGUGAUGAUGAUCAUAUUGGAAGACAAAAAGGGGAAAUGCGAAUUCGAACUGAUAGGGAAUCAUUGAACCCAUCAGGCGGCAUGGAUAUUAUAGAACGUGAGCGAGAAUCGGUCAUCCAUGAUGCCGAGUAUCAAAUGAGGAAACCGAACGCGACACGUAAUAUCGGUGGUUUGGAAAAACGAAAAAAUCAAGAACUCUGUGAUGACGAGCAAGAUCUGAGAAAGAAUGCGAACGAUCGAGCAAUUCGGAAAGGUCGAAAGAGAUUGGUUACGGCCAACGAUAAUACAAAUGCGAUGACGAGUGAUGAAGAAUUUUGGAAUCCUAGGAAAAACAAGGUUAACACCAUUGUCGAUUCUGAGGAGGAUACAAAUAUAUCGCAAAGGAUUAGAUCCAAUUAUCUUUCUUUUAUGGAAAGGUUGCGCGCGUCCACAAAUUCUUUGGAGAGUGAAGAAGAAAACACAAAGUCAAAUGGAAAUUAUAUUCUUCAUUCGAGAGAAAGUUCGCCUGUCAUUAGUGAUUUCGUUGAAAUCAUGACAAAAAACAAACUACUCGAAAAAAGAAACGCUCGCAAAGCGCAAAGAGAUCGCAAUGAUGAUAAUAUUGAGAUCGCUGAUAUUGAAGAUAGCUUCAUUUCACCUCAUGGUAUUCGGAAAAAGAGGGAAACCCGUAAAUCUAAAGACGAAGAUUUGGAUGAAGAAAUAAGGAAUUUGCUAAAAUUCGUUGGCGAGACAAUAUUUAGACAGUUUCAACGUCAAGAUUCCGCCUUAUUUCAAGCGACCAAGAAUGCGAUAAUUCAAUUCGAACACAAGCGGGAGUGGUUAGGCACCUACAAACGCAAUUACGUGUCAGCAAUGGCCAAGCUAAAGGAAGGAAAAAAUGAAUUGGAGAGUUUGGAGCAAAACUUGAUUGAAAUGGAAAAUAAGUAUGGAAACAAAAGUUGGAUAAGAUGA